GCACUCUCAGUUAAAAGAAAUUCCAAACAAGAAUUCCAUCCCCAAAACCUCGUUUCUGCCUUCAGAGCUUUGGAAAGGCUUUGACCCACAAACCCAUAAAGUUUCUUCCUUCUCCAUUGCACGAAGAAGGAGACAGCCACAGCACAGCAUAGCACAGACAUGGCCCUUUGCUCCACCAGAUUUCUCUUCAUUCUCUUCAUACUUUCAGCCAUACCCAUCGCAUUUCUCAUCUCCCUCGAGCUCUCUAACCCCCCUUCCCAUGUCUAUUACUACCACAGCACUGGCUACUUGAGGGAAUGCGCCAAAUGGGACGAUCUCGGCCGCCGGUUCUUGGUCGGUUUCAUGGGCGGCGGCGUCGGCCAGGUUUCUGUCCCUGAUGAUCACUCCCCGGAGGCCGUUCUUGAGGAAGUUCCCGUCAUCAAAGAUGCUGAGUUGCAGGGGAAUGCUUCUCUUGGGAUUGUUGUUGACCGUCCCAGAAAUCGGCUGCUUGUGGUUGUCGCCGAUUUGCUUGGCAACAAGUACAGCGGACUUGCUGCGUACGAUCUCUCAUUGUGGAAGCGGCAAUUUCUGACUCGUCUUAGUGGUCCGAAUGAUGAGAAAUCCUUUGCGGAUGAUGUUGCUGUAGACUCCGAAGGCAAUGCAUAUGUCACCGAUGCCAAAAACAGCAAAAUAUGGAAGGUUGGAGUUGAUGGCAAAUUCAUAUCUAUCAUCAAAAGUUCUCUAUUCAUUCCAAAGGAGUGGUACAAAAACUUGGUUGGUUUAAAUGGCAUAGUUUAUCACCCAGAUGGUUUUUUGUUAGUUAUUCAUACAUUUAGUGGAAAUUUGUACAAAAUAGAUUUGGUGAAGGGGGAGGAAGUUAAGUUGAUCAAUGUAACUGGAGGCAGUCUUAUGCUUGGAGAUGGUCUAGAUCUACUUUCUCCAACCAAACUUGUAGUUGCAGGAAACCCAGCAGGAAGGUUGGUGGAGAGCACGGACGGGUGGGAAACCGCUACUUUGGUGUCGACAUGUUUGGGGCUCAAGCAUCGGUUGGCCACGUCUGCAACCGUGAAGAAUGGUAGGGUGUACCUCAGUCACAUGAUCGGUAUCGGCUACCCAAAGAAGAAGCAUGCUCUUGUAGAGGCAGUUUUUACUGCAUAGGAUGAUUUUCUAGGACAGAAUAUUUGAUGUAGGUUGAGAAUACAGAAGAAAAUUAACUUAUUUCUGUUUGGGUUUGUGUUAUUUUCAAUUUGGAGAUUGUGGAGAGAUGGAAGGUACUUUAAAUUUGAAACCAUUGUUCAUGGAA